UUCUCCAGACAUCACAUGCUCAGGGUGUGUGCGGUGUGCUCUGUUUUAACACACCUCCCUUUCUGGAGAGGAGUUGAAAUGACAGUCAAACAAGGGCGCUUGCGUCGCAGACUUCCUCCUGAAUUAUUGUGCCUCCAGAAUACUCACUGAACAAACAAAAACCUAAACCAGGUCACACUGAUUUUCACUUCCUCUCACUUUUAAAGAAAUGGGGACCCGCCGGCUUUAGGAGAAAUGGUUGUGCUUUUAAAGAAGAAUUAUUCUAUCUGGUCGCUUUCCAUAGGAGCAAGUUUCAGACGCCGGGACCUGAAGUGUGGAGAUGCUGCCUGACAAGUUGAGUGUUUCUGACCAUGAGUCGAGGAUGCACCUGGGAAAGCCCUUGCUUGGGUGAAUGAAGAUCAAGACACACAUUAAGGCCAAGGCCAGCUGUUGACCCGAACAUCUGUAGUUGGGAUGGAGCCAACGGCGAAGGAGCCUCCAGAGCUGGAGAAACGGCCACCCAAGCCUCCGCUGAAACCAAAACCACCGGCUCUCGCUCGCGCUGUUGGGACUCAGGGCGACGGCUCGCAGAGAGCCGGCGAGGCGCAGCCUGCCUACCCUCCGGUCCCGGCCAGACGGCAGGUCUUGGAAACGACAGCGGCCGGCGAGGUCUGCCGCAGCUCGGGGAACGUCCGGAAGAUCCGGGAGCGGUUCGACAAGGCCUCGGGCCCUCGGGAGGCGGAGGGUGCGGUGAGCGGGGAGAAGCAGCCCCUGGGAGUCAGACGGUCGGAAUCGGCCCGGGAGGCUCCCGGGGGCACCCCCCCGGUGCCAAAAGCCCGGAGGAAGCACAUGGUGAGGUCGGUGGCCCUUCCAGAGGCGCUGGUGAACCACAGCAAGGAUCAGGCACUGUUAGCACCCGCGAGGCCACCUCUCGCUGUACCCCUGACCCAGGACAACCCAACAGAUCCUCGGGAGGAGGAGGAGGAGGAAGCGCCAGAGGGCGGCGACGAAGUGGAGGGGGGGACGGAGGACGGCCAGUGUUGCCCCACCCGCUGCCCGUGCCUGUGCCACAGGGAGCGUCCCGGGAUGGUGCUGGUGUGGAGGCCCGCCCCCGACGCCGAGGGAAGGCUGGAGAUCUCGGAGCCCUCCUUGUCGGACUCCUCGGAGAGCAGCGACAACAAGACGUUCAGCUACGUCCUUCCCAUCGGCGGAGAGGCCAAUCACUGCCCGGACUUCCGCAUCUCCGGAAUUAACCCGGAGGCCUCUGGGGCGGAGGCUCCGACAGAGCCGGCAGAAGCUGCCAUUCCAGAAGCCCCCCGUCAGCCAGAUGGGGGUCACGGAUCCUCCGAGACCGCCGGCCCUGGCCGGGAAUCGCCAGCCCCCGCGACCAACCCACUGCCGAAGCCCCCGCGCCGGAACAAGCCCGUGCGUCAGUCCUCGCUCGAUGGCGGCGAUGGUCCCCCCCCUCGGCUGCCCACCAGGAGGCUGGCCCAGGUGCGGCGGUCCGGCCAGGCUCCCGCUGGGAUCCGGGGACGCUUUACGGCCGGAGACCUGGACAAGUUGUCCCAGUGCGUGGACCGGCUCAACCUGCACGUCCGGAAGCCGGUGGUCCCCAGCCAGGGGUUCUUCCCCCCACCUCUGCGGCCGGUGGCUGGGGCCUGCCUGGAGCUCCCCAGCCCCACGGUGACCCGGUCGGCCCCCCCAGCCCCAAGGAGAAGCGCCUACAGCCGACCUACGACCGACCAGGUGGACGCCGGUGAGGAGGAGAACUCGAGGAGCAACGUGUAUGAGCUUCACUUGGACAUCCUCGAGAGAAGAUCUUCAAAGUCGGAGAGUGGGAAUGUGAAAGAUUGGGAAUCCCGAUUCGAGAGCGAGCCACUGUACCAGACCUACCGAGACACGGUGAUCCACAGGGAGAUUAAGCGGCAGACGCUGAUGAGGGACUCGAGCAGGACCAGCGAGGAUUACAUGUAUGAGAGCAUUCCCCUCAUCCCCGACACCGAGCGGGCCGACAGCUCCCUGUGGCAGAAUCUGAGUGCCGUCCGGCAGAGCGGAAUUCUCGACACCCUCAGCAAGGAGGAGAGGAGGCAGCAGGAGAGUAUGUUCGAAGUGCUCACAUCCGAGGCAUCCUAUCUUCGCAGCCUGAACAUUCUCAUUGAGCACUUCAUGAACUCCAGGGACCUCAACAACACCAUCAUCUUACGGGACAAGAAAACCCUGUUCUCCUGCAUUGUCAGAGUGCAAGAAGUGAGCGAGAGUUUUCUGAAGGACCUAGAAGAACGUGUGGAUGAGAGCAUAAAGAUCAGAGAUGUCUGCGACAUUAUUUAUCCACGCCCUGCAAAAUUCCAGGUUUAUGUUGAUUACGUACGUAACCAGUUCUACCAAGAACAGAAGUACAGCCAACUCAUGGAGGAGAACCCACAGUUUGCAGCCGUCGUUGUUCGUCUGCAGGAGCUUCCCCACUGCCAGCGGCUUCCCCUCAUGUCCUUCCUGCUUCUCCCCUUCCAAAGGAUAACCCGGAUUAAGAUGCUGAUCGAGAACAUUCUCCAAAAAUCGGAGGUGGGAUCAGCCAAUGAAGAAACAGCCUCGAAAGCAUUGAGUGUUGUUUCCAAGAUCAUCGAAGACUGCAACAGGGAAGUCGGGAUAAUGAGGCAAAUGGAAGAAAUGAUUCACAUUGCGAAGAAGCUGGAAUUUGAUAAGCUAAAGGCCAUUCCCAUUAUCUCCCAGCUCCGUCACCUUGAGAAACAAGGAGAAGUCUCGGAGAUCGUCUUGCGAGGGAAUCUCUUCGGGGUAAAGCCCAAGGUCAAUCUUCUCUACUUCUUUCUUUUCAAUGACUUGUUACUCAUCACUACCAGGAAGGGUGGCGACAGGUACCAGGUGGUGGACUACGCCCACCGGUCGCUGGUUGAGGUGGAGGAGUGCUCCAUCAACUCGCUGGGGGCCAGCAUCGGCAACUGCUUCAUGCUGACUCUGCUGGAGAACCACCAGGGCAAGCAGUGCGAGCGCCUCCUGAAGGCACUGACCGAGUCAGACCGCCACCGCUGGAUGAAUGCGCUGACCUCUGGCAAAUACGCCCUGGAGGAGGAAACCAAGGACGACAAGAUCUACGAGUGUUGGGACUGUCCCCAGGUGCAGUGCCUCGUUCCUUAUACUGCCCAGCAAGCGGACGAACUGAGCCUCGAGCCAGCCGAUAUCAUCAAUGUGACCAAGAAAUCACCAGAGGGCUGGUAUGAAGGAUCCAAGUUAUCCAACGGACAGAAGGGCUGGUUCCCCAGUGAAAACGUGCAGGAGAUCACCAACGAGCACGUGCGCAGGCGGAACCUGCGGGAGCGAUACCGGCUGCUCCAGGCGGCUCAGCACCUGCACCAGAAGCAAGACGGGGCUGGCAGGGAGAAGGCCAACAACUCCUUGUGAAGGCCAACAAUUCCCUGUGACGGCCAGCAACUCGUGAAGGCUAACAACUCCUUGUGAAGACCCAGGGAAGUGGGCUGGGACCCCCAGCAGGCACUAGAUGAUGAACAAACUGCUGGUGUUACACUCCACGGAAACAUCCCAGAACCUAUCCUGAACAAAGCCAACGAGCUAUUCCUACUACGCUGCCUGAAUGCCUUGGUCCAAACACUACCCACUGGAUCACCCAACCUUCCUUUUAAUCUUGUAGGA